CUAACUGCCAAACACACCUGUAUUGACCAAGACUGGACCUAAAAGGUUUUCUUCUGCUCAACUGAGUCUGACUAAUCACAGGUAUGGUUUCCUUGCUGUCUGAAGAGCAGUUCCGGUGCUGUAUCUGCCUGGACAUCUUCAUUAAUCCUGCCUCUAUACCCUGUGGUCACAACUUCUGCCUGGCCUGCAUCCGAGGCUACUGGGACACCAGCGACCGCAUCGAGUGCCCGCUGUGCAAGGAGCGCUUCCACCGACGGCCUGAUUUACGCAUCAACUGGGCUUUCAAUGACGUCACAGAGCGCUUUAAAACCUCGCUGAAGGUCAAAGCUAGGCAGGUAGAGGAAGGAGAUGGUCAGGAUCUAAUAGCAUCAACAGCACAAAGUUCCCCAGGGCUGGGUUCUGAGCCCGAAGCGGUUUCCUGCGAUGUUUGCACUGGGACCAAGCAGAGGGCUGUGAAGUCCUGCCUGGUGUGUCAGGUGUCCUACUGCGAUAUCCACCUGGGUCCUCACCAGAGAGAGACGGCCCUUCUGAGGCACAGGCUGACGGACCCGGCCACCUUCACCACGCGCGGCCUGUGCCGGAAACACCAGCAGCCCCUCCAUCUCUUCUGCAAAAACGACCAGAUACCCGUGUGUGCAAGAUGCACCGAGGCUGACCACAAGGGCCACGACACUAUCCCUUUGGAGAGGGAGAGCAGAAAGAUGAGGACUCAGGUGAAGAAGAUGAAAGGAGAUUUGCUGAUGAUGGUUGAGGAGAGAGUGAAGAAGUUGGAUGGCAUCAAACACUCAGUGAGGCUCAGCAGAUUAAGUUCUGAACAAGAGAUUGAGGGCAGUGUGCUUGUCUUCACUACACUGGUGCACUCCAUCGAGAGAGGCCAGGCUGAGCUGAUCGAGGCCAUCGAGAAGAAGCAGAAAGCAGCAGAGAGGAGGGCAGAAGGGCUCAUUAAAGACCUGGAGCAGGAAAUCAACGAGCUGAGGAGGAGAAGCUCUGAGCUGGAGCAGCUCUCACACACAGAGGACCACCUCCACGUCCUACAGAGUUUCCCGUCUCUUUCUACCCCUCCACCCACCAAAGACUGGUCUGAGAUCUGUGUCAGUUCCAAUCUGUGCAUUGACACCAUGAGGACUGUUAUGUCUCAGUUAGUGGGCACCUGCAGAGACCUUGAAAAGAGACUGUGUGAAGUGGAACUGGCAAGAAUCCAGCAAUAUGCAGCGGAUGUCACUCUGGAUCCAGUCACAGCCUCUCCGUGGGUCGUCCUGUCCCCUGAUGGGAAGCAGGUGAGUCUGGGAUACCAGCGGAGCCACUGCACGCCUGCCGUGGCCGACGAUCCACGGAGGUUUGACUCCUGCGUCUGUGUGCUGGGAAGACAAGGCUUCACCACCGGGAGACACUACUGGGUGGUGCAGGUGGGCGACAAGACGGACUGGGAUGUUGGGGUGGCCAGAGAGUCUGUCAACCGGAAAGGGAGCGUCACGGUGAGGCCCGACCAGGGCUACUGGGCUGUGUGUCGGAGGAAAGGUGCCCAUCUCAGCGCAUGCGCCGGACCGUCCGUGCCCCUCAGACUAAAUGACAAGCCCAGGAAGGUGGGAGUGUUUGUGGAUUACGAGGACGGCCUAGUGUCCUUUUACAAUGUGGACGAUAAAGCUCACCUUUAUAGUUACAGGGGUUGUGGCUUCACCGAAACCCUUUAUCCAUACUUUAACCCAUGUCUCCAUGACAACGGGAAGAACACCGCCCCAUUGGUCAUCUGUUCUGUCGAAGAGGAGGCGAGGCCCAUGCAGGACGUUGUGCGUUUGGAGGUCCCACCAGCAGCCCUGUCUCCGGCUGGGAGGAGUCGUCAAUCAAGCGUUCACACUGCCUCCCAUCACGCCUCGUUGCCUCGUUGAUCAGAACAGGAGAAUGACUGAAUAUAGAAGUAUAAUUCAUUUGUAAUCACAUUUGUGAGAAUUAUUCAUGUGCCACUGAGCAAAAAUCUCCUUGUUUCUCACUAGUUAUUCUGUUUGAAGAGAAGGAAAGACACUUGGACACAAGAGAAGAGAGGCUGAAGUGUGGAACAAAUAUGGGGUUGCGGGAAAGACAAAACCAAUGGGAUGUAAUGCUUGAGAUACAAAUAAAUGUCUGUUUGAACACAGGGGCUCCCUGACAGAGAGAUGUGCAGAGAGAGAUGGGGAGGAAGCAAGAGAGAAAGAUUGAGAAAAAAAGGGUUCUGGGAAGAUUGAGACAGGAGGGGGAGACUGAGGCGGGAGGGGGAGAGAGAGAGUGAGAAAAUUAGAGUGAAAGUGAGAGAGCGCUAGAGUAAAAGAGAUAGAAAAGAUUUUGAAGUGCAAUCUGCCUCUUGGGAUGGAGUAACUUCCUUGUUGCUACAUGUUAUGAACCAGGAAACAAACUUAUUGCAACAGUCAGGGGCCCUGGACAAACUUGGCCGUACCUGGAGGAAGUUUUGGUAGCAGCCAAGAGGAGGAUUCCCGGGGAUUGGACAUCCACCAUCCACUUUGUCAAUUCUGGCUCAGAAUGACACUGAACCAAUCGUGUUGGAGGGGAAGUGUCUGGUUGUUUGUGACUCCACCCCUUCAUCUGAACCUUCCGGUAACGCG